AUGCCAAAAAGGUUUCGAGUCGUUGUGAUAGGCAGUUCUAUCGCUGUGAGCCAAUUAGAGCGGCUCAUAUUACUUACCCGGGCGGGUUUAGCCUCACGCAAUGGUGGCCUAGUUCUAUCAGCCAAAGGCAAGCUAGGGUAUCCCUUUUCUAUUAUCACUCGCCCACAAUUCCUCCGCAUACUGUACGAAAAUUUGAGAGACAAGUCGAAAGUUCAUGUGAAUAAAAAAGUGGUCAGCAUUCACACGGCACAUUCUGGAGUAUCUGUGUUUACAGCAGACGGCGGCACAUAUUACGGUGAUUUGGUUGUGGGUGCAGAUGGUGUUCACAGCAUAACACGUUCAGAAAUGUUGAGAAUUUCCAGAACUGAACAACUGAGUCAAGCCAAUAAGGAAAUGAGCAGUAAGUUGUCUUCCUACCCAUCAGGUCAAAGUAAUUGA